UGAGAGAGGUUCACUUGAGGCUGUCAAAUACAGCCUUGUGUCAUAACCCGAGCAUGUAUACUGGCCAGUUAAAGAGGACAUUUCAUCGGAGGAGAUAGGUCACGAUGGACACGUUACAAAUUAGGAGUGGUGGCGACCUUAUAACAGGUCGUCACAAUGGCUCCCUCCGAUGACGUCAUAAGGCCACGUGACACGUUUCUCCAGAUGACGUCUCCAGAGAUCUACAGCAGACGUUUUUCAGAAUUUGUGCGCCAUUUUCAUGGCGAUGACUUUACGGACGCGUCUCAGCUGAGAAAAAGACUUCGAUACACGACAAGCUUCAAAGGCGAGCUGGCGAAGCUAAACAAACGCAAAGAGCCCCGCCCAGGGGCGGAGCCAAGCAAAAGAUACCGGAAGAGAAUGGUACGUAUCGGAAGUGAACCGUCGAUCUUUCCACCAAUCAGCAUCACGCGUAGUGACAUUGGUCAUACUUCUCCCCCUACGUCAAAUGUGUUGACAGUUCGGAGUGACAUGUCAACUCCCCAAGCAACAAAAGACGACGCACCAUCUCCGAUACCAAAAAGGGAGACCCAGAAAUCUCGAAACACCAACAACCUCUCCGUAGACGUCAGUAAGUCUCAGGAGAUGGUCAGACUGUCUCCAAUUGCUUUCUCUGACCGGAAAAGCAAAACUGAAGGAAAACCGGAAAAACAUGCAAGUCUUACGCCUCGAGGGAGCAUACCUAAAAUUAACGCCAAAACAGGUCUUCUGGAAUCUCAGAGGCAGGAGAGAUCCAACAGCCUCACCGAUUCACAGAAUAAAAACGAAAGGUCAACCACGGAAUCGCCGCAUCGACACCGAGGAAAGGGAAAGCACUCCAAAUCGAAAGUUUUAGAGGAACCAUUUUCUGUCCGACGUAAGAUAGAGCAGUACAGGCGUUGGCACGAGGAACAAUACCUGCAAAAACUAAAACGUUUAAAGCAAGACACGGACAGUGAAGAAAAGGAUACUCCGAAGACAGAUGUCAGUGGGAAUAAAGAAUCUGGAAAGAGGCCAGAAAUCGAUCUGGCUAAAAUCCUGGAGGAAAAGUCUCUGGCUGUGACUGUUAAACCAGUCCGGACGAUAAAAUCUGGAGAUGAAAAUAACAACAACAUUGAUGACACAGUUAUUCCAGAUAUUACACAGCACAAACGUUCACAUAGACUAAAGUCGGGCUGUACGUGGAAAACGUGGCGUAACGUUAACGAAUCCGACGCCUAUUCAGACGUUAAAAAGUACAUCGAAGACAACGAACUGAUGAACUCAGAGAAGGAAAGUUGGAUAAAGGCUUGGAUUUGUGAAGUCGAGAGGGCUCUGUGCACGACAGACUCUCACAGUGAAACGGAUUCUGUGUGAUGAGGGCAUUUACAGCCACGUUGUGUCCGAGAUUUGACGUUACUGAGAUAGUUACCAGCUAGAGACAACACACUACACGUCAGUGAAACCGCGUUAACCUACCGUGUCCGGAUCAUGAUCCAUGGAGUUAUAUCCAAAUAUUUCUAUAUUUGUUCCCCUGACCGAAACUGUCCGGAAUGUGGUUUCCCGAUUUUACAGGGUUCAGAUUAACGAGGUUUCACUGAAUCCUGGUUUCAGGAAAUGUGUGUUGUCAGUCAGCAUGGAGAACAGAUUCAAGUAUGUGUUAUGAUCUCAUCUUGCAGAGAAGGUGACUUGGUUGUUGAAAGAGAUAUUUUACGAGUAUGUAUAAAUUAUAUUAUUUAUUUUCAAUAAAUGCGUGAUGGAUAGACUACAUA